UAUAGGGGGCGCUAGACUAGACAACCAGCGACGUCGACGGCAUGGCAUACGAUUACACAUUUUAACUUAUUUUAAGCCUUAUGAUAAUUAGCUCAGAAGGCAAGGUUAAGUUUCAUGAGAAAGACACGUCUUUAGCUACUCUACGCACUUUAUGGAAUUUUGAGAGUGAGUUGAAAGUAUUAAGCUGGGUAAAAUGAGUGGACGUGUAGGAGACCUCAGCCCAAAACAAGCCGAGAAAUUGAAGCUGUUCCGUGAGAGAGUCUCGGAUUUACUGACAGAAGAUCACGAUGAUCACUAUGUUUUACGCUGGCUGAGAGCCAGAUCAUUUGACCUAGACAAAUCAGAAAAGAUGUUGCGAGAUCACAUUGCCUUCUGUAAAGAGUGGAACAUUGAAUACAUCGUGUCAGAAUGGGAGGCACCAGAGGUCCUGGAGAGACACAUGAUCGGCGGGCUGUUUGGGGAAGACAAGGAAGGCCGGCCGGUCUACUAUGAAGCCUACGGCACGGUGGACUGCAAGGGAAUCAUCUACUCCAGCAUCAAGGCAGACUUUGUCAGGUACAAGCUGCGGAUAUGUGAAGCCAUCUACCGAAGGUUCGAGGAACAAACCAAAAAGCAUGGCCGCAGGAUCGAUAAUCUGACCAUGAUUCUUGACCUGGACCAGGUAGGCCUCAGCCAUCUCUGGAUGCCGUUCCUCAAUGUCUACUUUGAUGUGCUCAGCAAGUUUGAGGCCAACUACCCCGAGACCCUUCAUCAGUGUUUUAUCAUCAAUGCUCCUUCUAUGGUGUCAGUGGGCUACAAUCUCUUCAAGCCUUUCCUCAGCGCUGAUACGAGGACAAAGGUCAGAUUCUUUGGAGGCAACUACAAGAGUAAAUUAUUGGAGGUGAUUAGUGCAGACCAGCUACCACAGCAUUAUGGUGGUACAGCAAUAGAUAAUGGCGACCCAAAGUGCAGUGAAAAGAUCCGGUAUGGAGGCAAAGUGCCCAAGUCCUACUACCUGAAGGAGCUACAGUUAUCCGGCUCCAGUAACCUUAAGAAGGAAACGGUCGCUUAUGGUGCUAAGCUACAGAUUCCUCUGGAAGUCACAAUUCCACUCUCAGCCCUCCGGUGGGAGUUUCAUACUGAGAAGGAUGACAUCGGCUUUGGCGUGUAUCGCAAGCCGUCCGGCAGCUCCACCGAGUUGGUUGAGAUCCUGCCCAGUGCUCGCUUCUCAUCCCAACUAGUCCCUGAGAGUGGCGUGGUGGAGUGCCCCGAAGUUGGAACCUAUGUAGUCAUCUUUGACAACAGCUUCAGCUGGGUCAAGAGCAAAAAGCUGUGCUAUGCUGUGGACAUCCUCCCUCCGGAGAGUUCAACAGGGACAGCAACAAACAGUACAGAAUGAGAGGGGAGGUCAGUCAGAGUUUGAACAGCCUGCCAGAAGUCCAGUCAACGUAAUGAUCAUGCAGCUUCACGGAGUGUUGCUAAAUAGGUCAUUCCAAAUAUUUGGGGUCCAAAUUUAUUUGGGUGUCCCUGUUACAUCUGAUGGAAGAUUUUGUAAAUUCAGCACCUGAUUUCAUGAAACUCAUCGUAACUUAUGAUGCAUCGCAGCACUGCGAUGCGUAGUAUCCCUACGGUGCAUCACAGCUGCGACGCAUCCUGCGAUCCAUUUCACAAAACACGUCGUAAGUGCGACGCGUUGUAGGUGUAUUUAUAGCACAACUCAGAGACUGUUUUAAAAGUAUUUAUUCAGCGUACAGUAAAUAGUUGUCU